AUGGUGGUUACAACAGUAGAGGGUAGCGGCAAUGCUGUUAAGGCAGGCUCUGGUGUCCCUUUCUGUCGUUCGACCUGUCCUGGCCUAGAGGCGAAUGGCUCACGCGUCACCUUCUCUUUUCUCCCCUCAUCGUGCAGAGCACGCGCAAACUCCGCAAACUCCACCCUUGGCGAUGGUCGCACCGCUCUCGCCAAUUCAACUUUCGAGAGAUUCCGAUUUGCUCGAAAGGAGAUCGAGACACGAGCCAUCCAAAUUCAUCACCGUCGCGAGGUCACCCUAGCGUUGACUUCGAGAAAUGACGUUCACCAUACGCUGAGAUCAUACUCUCCGGGCGAGAAAGCAAAGCAAUUGUAUGAAUGCGUCAACGAGAAGAACCUGGAGGCGCUAGAUGAGAUCAUCUCAGAAGAUUGUUGCUUUGAGGACUUCUCCUUCCCCACACCAUUCAAUGGAAAAAAGGAAAUCUUGCUCUUCUUUGCGCAACUCACUUCAAACAUGGGCAAGAAUGUUAGAUUCAACCUCAACAAUGUCGGCGAAGAUGAGAACUCGGCAUGGGUGAAUUGGCACCUAGAAUGGAAAGGAAAGGAGAUACCUUUUACAAGAGGCUGCAGCUUCUAUGAAUGCUCAAAAGACGGAGAGAGGCUGGUCAUCAGGAAAGCUCAAGUCUUUGUCGAGUCGCCAAUCAAACCAGGAGGCGCAGUGCUGACUUUGUUGAAGACAAUCACAUUGUCAUUUGAUGAUUUUCCAACAGCGACUGAAAGGUUCCUAAAGAGUCCUGGUGCAAUCGUGCAAUGGGCAAUGCGUAUGCACAACAUGUUCCUGGCACCAUUUAUUAGCACCCUACCAGCAAGCAACAUAAACUCCUGGAAAUUCAUGGCCCAAAGGCUCGGCUAUGCACACGGCAUGAUUAUCUUCAUUCUCAAACUUUUCUUUAAAUAACCAGACAUCAAUGCCACAUCGAAGAUCGCCCACUCGUCAGUCAUCAUUUUCAUCCCGGCUAUUCCAUGUUUCAAACAGGGAGAGAAGCACCAGCGGUCCAAGC